AUGACCCGAGUGACGCCACUGGGGGCCAAGAGCCCAGAUGACGACGGCACGUUUGUCCUGCCGCAUCCUGUAGUGCCUGGCCCAGCGCGAAUAGAGCUUGAGGGGGGCGGGUUUGGCAUUUCAAAGCAAGGUCUAGCUGACAUCAACAUCGACCAGAUGACAGAGACAAAUAUGAAGAACCUCCAGGCUUUGGGUGGGGUCGACGGCCUCGCCAAGAAGCUCCAUGUUGACACCAAGACAGGGCUCAGCCGCCAGGAGGUUGACAACCAGUUUGUCGCGCGACGGGCAACGUAUGGAACCAAUACGUUUGUGGAAGCGCCGAGCCAGAGCUUUCUGUCCCUGUUCCUCGACUGCUUUAAAGACACGACGCUCAUCAUUUUGAACAUUGCUGCCAUGGCGUCGAUUGCGACUGGAAUGAUCGAGAACCCUGAACACGGGUGGGUCGAGGGGUUUACAAUCCUCGUGGCCGUUGUGCUCGUUGCGUUUGUAAGCUCGGUCAGCAACUACACGAAGGAGCUUCAGUUCCGCGCGCUCAACGCCAAGAACGACGAGUUCACGGUCAAGGUAUUGCGCGCUGGGUCGUACGACCAAGUGCCAGUCGCAGACAUCAACGUCGGCGACAUCGUCGUGCUUGAAAGCGGCGACAAGGUGCCUGCCGACGCCGUCUUCCUUCGCGGUCAGGACGUCAAGUGCAAUGAGUCGAGCCUGACGGGCGAACCGGACGAAGUCACGAAAGGGCACUCGAAAGACCCGUUCCUUCUCUCAGGAUGUUUGCUUGCGUCGGGUCGCUGCGAAGUCAUCAUCACGGCGAUCGGGUCCGACUCAAGAUGGGGUCGAAUCAAGGCCAAACUCGUCCGGGAGCACCGCGCGACGCCGCUCAUGGAGAAGCUCGACGACAUGGUCAAGGUCAUCGGGUACGGUGGCAUGGGCUGCGCGAUCGCCACAAUGAUUGCCAUGGUGUCCAUCUACGCAACGACAGCACCGGAGUUGCGAAAAGGGUCAUGGGUGCACAAGCUGCUGGAUACGUUUAUCAUCGGGGUCACGAUUGUCGUUGUGGCGAUCCCCGAGGGCCUGCCGCUGGCAGUGACUAUCUCGUUGUCGUACUCGACCAAGAAGAUGCUGAACGACCACAACUUGAUUCGUGUAUUGGCGGCAUGUGAAACAAUGGGCAACUGCACGAGCAUUUGCUCCGACAAGACUGGCACCCUCACCGAGAACCGCAUGACGGUCGUUGAGCUGUGGACGCAGGGGAAGCACUACGAUGCGCCGGCGAUGCAGAGCCCCAUCAAGCUCGACACUCGCUUCUUCGACACGAUUUCGACCGCGAUUUGCGCCAAUUCGACAGCUCAGUUGCUCGACAAAGGAGCUAGUGACGUCCCGAUCGUCCAAGGCAAUAAGACAGAAGGCGCACUGCUCCUGUGGCUGCGACAACAGGGGGUCGUUUAUAAGGACGUCCGAGACGCGGCAUUCCGCCCGCACACCGGCGACCGGAUGUACACGUUUUCCUCGGAGCGGAAGAGCAUGAGCACGAUUGUCAGGAGUGCCGAGGCCAACAACAACGCGGGUGGGUUCCGGCUGUACUCGAAGGGGGCAGCCGAGAUCAUUUUGACGCGGUGCACCCACGUUUUGAAAGCAAACGGGACGAUCGGCGUCCUCAAUAAAGUCACCAACGACGACAUCCACGACACGAUCGUGAGCAUGGCCAAGAUGUGCCUCCGUACCAUGUGCGUCGCCUUCCGCGACUUUGCCGCGAACGAACUCCCGAGCGACCUCAGCACGCUCGACAACCCUCCCGAAGGCAACAUGGUGUGCUGCGCCAUCUUUGGCAUCAUGGACCCUCUCCGAGCCGACGUCGCGGACAGCGUCCAGAUUUGCCAGAGGGCUGGCAUCACGGUCCGCAUGGUAACGGGGGAUAAUAUCCACACCGCCCGCGCGAUUGCAAAGCAAUGUGGCAUCCUUACUGCCGAUGGCGUCGCGUUGGAGGGGCCGGUAUUUCGCCAAAUGCCCAAGGACCAGUUGCUGCCGCUGUUACCGAAACUGCAGGUCUUGGCUCGAUCGUCGCCAGACGACAAGCACAUGCUCGUGACGAUGCUUCGCGCGCGACAAGAAGUCGUGGGGGUGACUGGCGAUGGCACGAACGACGCGCCAGCGCUUCGAGCGGCAGACGUCGGGCUCGCCAUGGGUAUUGCCGGCACUGACUUGGCCAAGGAGGCUGCAGACAUCAUCAUCAUGGAUGACCGAUUCGCUUCGAUCAAGCAGUCCGUGCUGUGGGGGCGAUGUGUGUACGACAACAUUCGCAAGUUCGUCCAGUUUCAACUCACGGUGAACGUCGUGGCGCUCGCGCUGACGUUCUUGGGGGCGCUGACGGGAUUCGACCCGCCAUUGAAUGCUGUGAUGAUGCUGUGGGUCAAUCUAAUCAUGGACACAAUGGGGGCACUCGCGCUGGGCACAGAAGUGCCCAAGCCCGAGCUCCUGCUGCGACGACCGUACAAAAAGGACGCGUCGCUCCUGAGCCGCAUCAUGAUCAAGCAUAUCCUCGUCCAGUCCGCGUUCCAGUUGACAGCAUUGUUGACGCUGUUGUUUCUCGGUCCUGGCUGGCUGGGGGUCCCAAAUGGCAACACGUGUGUGAGCGCCACGUACGCAUGGAUCGACGAUGCCGCGGUCGUGUCGGCCAAAGAGCCGUGCUUCCUCCUUCAAAACCACUCGACGUGCGGAGGCGUGGUCAACUGCUCCAUGUACCUGCCGCUGUACCCGACUUUCAACGACACGCACACGGUCGUGCCCAACGUGCCCGCCGACUGCCUCGUCCAGCCCAUCGUGUGCGACGUCUACGACUACCGGCACUUCACCUUUAUCUUCAACGUGUUUGUGUUUGCCCAAGUUUUCAACGAGAUCAAUGCGCGCAGCGUCACCAACGACUGGCGAGUCCUGAACGGGUUCAUGUCCAACUCGAUGUUUCUAUUUAUCCUUGUCAUGACGAUCGUGUGCCAAGUCUUGAUUGUCGAGUUUGGCGGCAACUUUACCAAGACGUCGCCGCUCGACGCCGCGAUGUGGGGCUACAGCGUCGCCAUUGGGUUCUUGGCGCUGCCACUCGGGGUCGCCAUGCGGUUCAUUCCAGUCCAAGAAGACCCGACGUCGUUUGCGAAUCCGAAUGGCCUGACCAUUGUCAAGUAA